ACUUUCCACACCGCACUCUUUCUGGAUCUUUUCCCACUGCCUUUAAUUGUAGACCGGUUUCUUGAUGGCGCUUGUCGGAGCUUGCUUUUAGCGCUUCCGCCAAUCUGUUGCCUGGCAGGCAGACCUUUGCUCAUCAAGCUGAUCAAAAGGUGAUUGAAAGCCGCACAGGGCAUAAUGCUGCGGACACCCUACUUCCUGGGACACAGUGUGGCGGGCGAGUCUAUCCUACGGAGCCUGUGUCGGCUAGGGCGGCAAGCGCCGGCCCAGUCCCGCUCCUUCACAGUGGACGCUGAUCUGCGCCCCUCCUUCUCGUACUGUGUCCAACAAGUACAGAAGCAUGACUAUGAGCACUACUUGUGCGCGCUUCAGUUGCCCCCGCAGCUCAGGGCUGCGAGCUUUGCGCUCCGAGCAUUCAAUGUUGAAAUUGCACAGGUAGGAGAUCAUGCGCGGGAACUGAUUCUGGGCCAGAUGCGCAUGGUUUGGUGGAGGGACGCCAUCGACUCCUUGUACAAGGGUAAAGUUUUGGAGCACCCGGUCCUCAAAGCCCUCGCCGCGGUUAGUGAGGACGUUAAGCUCACGAAACGAAGGUUUACUAGACUGAUAGAAGCAAGGAACGAAGACCUAGACUAUGUGGGGCCUCCAAGAACGCUUGCAGAUCUAGAAAGUUACGCUGAGUCGACCGCGUCGGGAAUCCUCUACUUGACCCUCGAAGCCGCCGGAAUUAAGAACACGGAGGCGGAUCACGCGGCUAGCCAUAUAGGCAAGGCCUCUGGGCUCGCGCUGCUCCUCCGAGCGACCCCCGUGCACAGCCUCAAGAGACGCACGUACCUCCCACUGGACGUGACGGGAAAGCACGGCGUAGUGGAGGAGGACAUUUACCAGCGGAAGAGCUCCGACGCACUAAACGCCGCCGUUUUCGAGGUUGCUGACGCCGCAAAAGCUCAUCUGGAAAAGGCACAGUCGAUGCGAGGAUCUUUGCCAGCCGAGGCUCUCCCGAUUCUACUUCCUGCGAUCCCUGUGGGUACGUACCUCGACUCGCUUCAACGGCACAACUUCGAUGUUUUCAGUCCACAUCUAGCCAGGGGCGUUUGCGGGGUGAAUCCCCUGUGGUUGCAAUCACAGAUUAUGUGGAAAAGCUGGAGAAGGACGUUCUAGCGCCUGUGAAUCAUCUGGAAGUCCGCGUCGAGUUUCCGCAGCCUUUUGCAGCUUCAUGCGCAUAUCUUUUUGCGUCUCGCCAACUCACCUGGGCGUCGAGAAAGUCGAAAUGUCGCUGGGUAUACACGGUGC